AUGCCAAGUAGAAUAAAUUCUCUUUACUCCGAUGUUGGUGCUUGGAGUGGUAAAUUUAGACCUGUUAUGGAUGAAAUUGAAUCUGAUGAAGCACUACGAUUUUACCAGUUUCUAAAUUAUUUAGAUGGUGGAAGUUUUGGUACAGGCCCUAUUGACGAAUUUGUUGAUGCCAUGAACAGAUUAGCUACAUAUAUGAAACAGCAGAAUAGUCGGGAAACACAGGUGAGAGGAAUGCGGGAGCUGGAAGCAAUUAAUGGAGAAAAAGGGAACAGCAUUAAAACCGUUUUGGAAAUAAGCACAGUGAUAAUGCGUAAGAAAAGAAAGUUUUUCUGCACUGGUGAGGUGAAAGAGCCCAUUGUCAACAAUAAGAUUAUUUGUAAAGAUCGAAUUUUGCUGCCAAUUGCUGGUACAUCCUGUAGAGAUGCUAUUAUGUAUUGGCAUCCGGAUCUGAUGGAGGAGCAUUAUUGUGUCGGCGCAUUGGAGUCUAAAAGUCCUGUCCACAUUAUGGAUAUUGAAGGUGAAAUUUUUUGUAAAGGAGACGAUUAUUCAAAGAGAGAAUAUCUUCUUGCUUGUGAUUUUUAUGAAGACCAAGAGUCUCCAGUGGCACAUUUAUUACAGUAUUAUCCAGACCCAGAUCCUGAAAUAAGCCCUAAGUUGUUUUGA